CCACUCACCAAAGUGGAGAAAAUAUCACAGAGGCCCAGGACUUCAGUUACAUUUUUUAGGGGUCAUUGGGUAUUUCUCUUCUGUAGUAUCUCUGCUGAGAGGGAGUCACUUCCCUACUAGGUAUUCCUCUGGGCUUUAAUCAGUCCCAGCCCUGUCCCUGAUAUUCUGUUCAUCUUUUACUAUGGGCCUCCCACAUGCCCAGAAUAGGGAUGUCUUCAGAAGUUUUUGAAUUGAAGCCCAGCAUUCUUGUUUGAUGUUUCUGUUCCUGGCCACAACUUGGAAGAAAGCUGCCGGUGGCGUGGGGCAUGGAGCAGGCACAGUUCUGCUUUUGCUGUUUGUCUACCUAGUUGUAACUCCUGUUUAUAAAGAGCUUAUUCUUCAUGUUUUGAGCACUUUAUGAAGAAUAAAAAGUCCAUGUGCUGCAAGUGGCACAGUUGUGUCCCUGUCUUGGAAUGAAUGGUUAAAGCAGGGUGGAUAUGGGAGAAAGUAGCCUCAAAUCAAGGUGAUGGGGUUUUUGGAUGACACCACCCAUGCCCUGACAUAGAGGGGAGCAGUACAGUGUUACCCAGUGAGACUGUCUUUUCCCACUCCCGGGAUACUAAAAUUUAUUGGGUACCAUAAGGGAAUACAUAGUGUAAAAAAUUGAUUUCUAUUCUCAACCUGCUCAGUCUAAUAGGGGAAGAAAAGAUACAAAUCCAGGACACAAACUGUUCUUCAUGGCGAGGCUAGACUCUUCAGUUCAGGAAAAGUUUGUUUCUUGUGGUUCAGCUUAAGUAUUAGUGGAAGGGGAACUCUGACCGCUACAGCUCAUGUAGCCAACAAUGCACCUCCAUGACAUGAAUGAGAUCCAAAGUGGGCUUCCCUAGAGUCAAGACCAAAUAUUUCUACUGUUCUCUUCCGUGAAAUGGGGAACUUUCUGCCACACUCCCCCACCCCUAGUCUGGUUCACUGACCAAAUACUUUAGCUGGGACUGUCCAGCUACUCCGUGCUGCCGCAGUGUGUAUUAUUCAUGCUGGUGCUCACUCUACACUCUGCAGUACUCCACCUUACCUAAAGUCCUUGUGGCUGGUGCUUGAUAAACAUUACUAACCCCCAUUCCCCAACUCACUGCCUAGUUCUCCUGCUCAGCAAUUAGACCUCGGGGAGAGGUCUUCCUUGGUUAGCUAAAAGAGGGGGAGGUUGUAAGGGCCCUUAAUCCCUACUGGAUGACUCAUAGCCAACUUGAGUCUGCACUGUGAACCUUCCUAUACCUGGCACUGACGACUUAGCAGUGAAUCAAAAAGUCAUGGCUUCUGUCAGAGUCCGCCGGUGGGAGUGGGGUGGUGGUGGUCAUAGCCCCUGCCCUGUGGACCUUACAGUAGGAACAACAAAUGAUCCAAUGCCAUAAAUAAUUAUAAAUGCAAGGGCUACAAAAGAGAAGCGCAGGGUGCCUUAGGAGCAUUUGUGGGAUUUUGUGGAAGUUGGGUGAUAGAACGGGAAAUACAAUACUUAGGCUGAGGCCGGAAAGAGGGCCCCCAUCGAGUGAAGUUAGUCUUCUGGGCACAGAAUGUCCAAGGGUGCCCACCCAGCAUGGUCCAGGAUCUGAGUGCCGGGCCGCUGGAGAGCACAGGGCAGGGGGGCGACAGAAGAAACUGUAUGAAGGUUCCGCAGUGCAACUCCGUGCAGAAAGCUGUCCGAGAUUAACCCUAGUCGGCCAGGAUUCCUUUCCAUUCUGAUCCUGGGUCGGGCCGGCUAGAGUGGGGCCCUUCUGGACUGCAGUUCCGGGAGCGACGCCUACCGAGCUACUCAGAUUCUAAGGCAGCAGACAAGCAGCCAGGGCUCGCCCUGGGGUCCCCGCCGGGGGACUUCCCAGACUGCAGGCCCUGCAGGGCUGGCUGCAGAACCGAGACCCAGUCUGUGUCUGCGCAACUCUCCGCAGUCUCGGUCCUCCAGCGCCGUGACGAGAAAAACUACACUCCCCACAACCCUUUGCGUCUCCCGCUCGCUGCGGUUGCUUAGGGCCAAUCGGGAGAGGCAGCUGUGGCGGGGGCCGAGGAGGGACAUUUUAAAAGGGCCGGAGAUUGCGGGCGUCAGUGGCCAUGGCGGAUACAGCGACUACAGCAUCGGCCGCGGCUGCGGCUAGUGCCGCUAGUACCUCGACCGAUGCACCUCCUUUCCAGCUGGGCAAACCCCGCUUCCAGCAGACGUCCUUCUAUGGCCGCUUCAGGCACUUCUUGGAUAUCAUUGACCCUCGCACGCUCUUUGUCACUGAGAGACGUCUCAGAGAGGCUGUGCAGCUGCUGGAAGACUACAAGCAUGGGACCCUGCGCCCGGGGGUUACCAAUGAGCAGCUCUGGAGUGCACAGAAAAUCAAACAGGCUAUUCUACACCCAGAUACCAAUGAGAAGAUCUUCAUGCCUUUUAGAAUGUCAGGUUACAUUCCUUUUGGGACGCCAAUUGUAGUCGGUCUUCUCCUGCCCAACCAGACACUGGCAUCCACUGUCUUUUGGCAGUGGCUGAACCAGAGCCACAAUGCCUGUGUCAACUAUGCAAACCGCAAUGCUACCAAGCCUUCACCUGCAUCCAAGUUCAUCCAGGGUUACUUGGGAGCUGUCAUCAGUGCUGUCUCCAUUGCGGUGGGCCUUAAUGUCCUGGUUCAGAAAGCAAACAAGUUCACCCCCGCCACCCGCCUUCUCGUCCAGAGAUUUGUGCCAUUCCCUGCUGUAGCCAGUGCCAAUAUCUGCAACGUGGUCCUGAUGCGAUACGGGGAGCUGGAGGAAGGCAUUGAUGUCCUGGAUGGUGAUGGCAACCUCGUGGGCUCCUCCAAGAUUGCAGCCAGACACGCCCUGCUGGAGACGGCGCUGACACGGGUGGUCCUGCCCAUGCCCAUUCUGGUGUUACCCCCGAUCGUCAUGUCCAUGCUGGAGAAGACGGCUCUCCUACAGGCGCGCCCCCGGCUGCUCCUCCCUGUGCAAAGCCUCGUGUGCCUGGCAGCCUUCGGCCUGGCCCUGCCGCUGGCGAUCAGCCUUUUCCCACAGAUGUCAGAGAUUGAAACAUCCCAGUUGGAGCCUGAGAUUGCUCAGGCCACGAGCAGCCGGACAGUGAUAUACAACAAGGGGCUGUGAGUCGUGGUUGGCCGGCCUGCGGACAGAGCACUGUUCCAGCUGGGGAGUUAGGAACAGGGAAGAGCUGCAUUUGCAGGGAGGGGCCAGCUGACCCCAGCAGUCCUGGGCUACCUGCAGUGGUAGGGAGACUAAUCCAUUUACAUGUUAACAUAGGGAAUUCUAACACAUUUUCUACAGAAAAUAAUCAAGUGCAUUUCUGGGCCUUAUGUGGAGUUGUCAAAACUCCACACAGCACAAUUAUGUAUGAAGCUAAAAUGUUGUAGAGUGCUCAAUGGGGUAGAAUUAAGAUCCUUUUAUACUUUUUUUUUUUACGUUUAUUUUUUAUCAGAAUCAAGUCUGAGCCUUGGUCAUAGCUGACCAGAAGUGACAUGAACAAGUGAUGGGAACCAGAGUAGGCCAAAAAGUUGGGUUGGUUUGGUGGCCAGGCUGGUAGAUUUAGGUUAUUACAGUGGCCAGGCCAGAUGGCUCCCAGGGCUGGAGUGGGGGAAGGAUGGGACGUGGUCUGCACACCACAGGAUGAACUAGCCAUGACUAAGAUCCUCAGGCAGUGGCCCAAGGAAUCCAAGAGCACUGGAUGCUCUGGAAGAUUCCAUGGGCAGCUGGCCCUGAGCAUGGCCAGCACUCAUCCAUGCCAUAGCUGCAAAACCAGUCCCUGUGAGUGAAGCCCAGUGACACUGGGGCUGUGGUCACCCUUUGUGAAGACCUGACUGAUUAAAGGCCCCUAGAUGACCUCAGGUCCAGGAAGGAGUCCCAAGAAGGAAUGAUGGUUGGCAGGAACCAUGGGCCUGUACUUGGCCUCUGAGAGAAGCUCCUUUUCCAGGCCACAGGCUCCUUUUCCAGCCCACAGGUUUUGGGGCUGAGGGUGGGGCUGGAGCUGGGCUGCGUGCUGUCUGGGAAACCUCUCCAGCCACCAAGGCUGUCUGCCCCAUCCCACCCUUUCUUGAGUAGAGGCUGUCUCAUGCCAGUGAGUACCAGGGCCAGAUCAAAGAGACAGCAUCAACCCAAGGACAGUAGGCCCUGGCUCUGGCACUAAUGGGCUAUGUGACCUUGGACAAGUUCAUUCCCUUCUCUGAGCCUCCAGAACCAGGUGAUUGGAUCAAGGGGUUCCUAUUGACUCUUCCUGCUAGAGCUCAUCUUUGCCUGUUCUGCUUAGAUGCUGGUCACCACAGGCACGUCCCCCAUGUGCAUGCUGGACUGGGAAAGGGGAAGAUCCCUUUGGGAAUGGCCAGCAGUUGGCCUGAGAACCUGGACCUUGUCUUUCUUUAUGUGAGCCCAUAUCCCAGCAGCACUUGACCUUUGCCCUUACAUAAUCCUUGCAGUUCUGGAGAGGGAAGUGGCAUGGAUGCCUGGACCUGAUGUUUGGCCACAUUGCAUGCCACUUCUCAUUCAUUGCUGCUCCUAUCACCCUCCCAUUUGUGGGCCUGGAAGGAGGAGGGAGCUGUAAGAGGGCAGCAGAGUCUAGGGUUGGGGUAAGCAGGCAAGCCCCUGUCUGAGAGGUCCAAACAAAGAGGAAGCCUCAGUGCACCCCUCACCUGACCCCAACUAGAAUAGCAGCUCCUGGCAUGCAGCCAGCCCCUGGACACCUCCCCUGGUGACUCCACUUUGCAAAAGAUUGAGGUGAUCACUUUUAAGAAAAGACCAGUGCAAGUCAUAGCCGCAGGUGGCCUCCCAGAAUCUUAGGGCAGGGGUGGUGUGUGAGGUGGGUCUUCUGUGGACACUUAGACCCUGCACCCAUGCUGCCCUGGUGCCCACCAGCUGGCUCUGUAGAACACUGUCGUGAAAGGGCCUAACAUGCCAAUGAGGAGUAACCUGCCCACAUCUGUGAGGAGGGAAGAGGGCAUAUUCAGCAUGAAGGGCAAAACAGCAGGGGGAGAAGGUGCCACCAUGUUGGAGGCACAGGUUAUUUUGAGCCAAUCCCACUAUAAUGUGAAUGUGCCAGUGACUGCUGGGCUGUGCUGGUCUCUAGGCCUGGGCGUGACUAGACCCUCUUGAAAAGCUCACUUUAAGCGCAACCUACCCUCACCUGUCACAAGACCUUUAUUGUGCACUUUUAUCUUGGGACCGGAACUGCCUAGCCUGCCCCCAGCCCCCUCCAGAAGCCUGACAGAGACAGGCCUUCCCAGCCCUUACUCUACUGGCUGCAUGUCCCAGCCCCUCCCAGAACCCUCCCCUAUGGCUUCAGCAUCUCAUAACCUAUUUGCUUUGUCCCUGAAUGAUUUCCAUCAUGCUCCCAAAUGCAAUUUCAGGUGAGCCAAGGGGGCUGCUCCUGUGGGGGUGUAGUGCAAAGGAUCCUUAUAGCUCAGGGUGAUGGUGACAGAGGGAAACAAUGGGUCAUGCUGCUAAACCCUGGAACACCCCUAGGGGAAACUUUUUUUCAAUACCCAUGUCCUACUCUGCUGAGGCCAGAGGAAAGGAGGUCUGAUGGGCAGGCUGGUUCUUGACUGGGGCAGUAGUGGGGCCUGGACCCAUAGUCAGGGUAGGGCUGGCCCAGCCGAUUACAGUGUACACCUGCAAAGGCUCUCCAGCCCUAGAGUCCCUGCCUGACCCUCCUGCGGCACUUCAAACAUUCCCUCUAUCUCCGGGAUGUUCUUCUCCCAGUUCCAGACUGCAAUCGGAGGGUGUGGGGACCAGAAGCUCAAGACAUCCCAUUGGUUGCCUAAUCAAGCUGGCUGGUAGACCCCUUGCACGUUGUGACUGUGAGCCAGCUGGGCCUCUGGCCUGGGAGAAGAGCACAGGUCUUAAGGAAGAGAAAGGCCAGUGAACAGAUUUAAAGUGGUCUUCCAGCCUGGGGCCAGCGUAAGGCCCUAACACAUGCCUUGGCCACUCCCAGGGGACUUUGUAGCAUCUUUUUAACCUUCUCAGAAAAUGUCUCAAUCUUAUGUGAUUUGCAUAAUACUAAUGAGCUGUGGACAAUAAAUGAUGGUUU